AUGGAGUGUGGGAGCAGCGAGCAGGAGCUGGAGCAGGCUCCGAGGGGGGACCGGGUGGCGGAGCAGGGCCGGGAGCCCCGGCUCCUCUAUCAGGACCCCACGGACUGGAGCCCCGGGAACGUGCAGAAGUGGAUCUUGUGGACGGAGCACCAAUACCGGCUGCCGCAGAUCGGGAAGUCCUUCCAGGAGCUGUCGGGAAAGGACCUGUGUGCCAUGUCCGAGGAGCAGUUCUGCCAGCGCUCGCCCGCCUGCGGCGACAUCCUGCACGCCCACCUCGACAUCUGGAAGUCUGCCGCCUGGAUGAAGGAGAAGGCUGCCCCUGGAGACGUGAGAUACUGCGGAGGUGACACCAGCUGGGCCGACAGCGAGGUGGACUCGUCCUGCUCCGGCCAACCCAUCCACCUCUGGCAGUUCCUCAAGGAGCUGCUGCUGAAACCGCACAACUACGGGCGCUUCAUCCGCUGGCUCAACAAGGACAAAGGCAUCUUCAAGAUCGAGGAUUCGGCGCAGGUGGCCCGGCUGUGGGGCAUCCGCAAGAACCGCCCGGCCAUGAACUACGACAAGCUGAGCCGCUCCAUCCGGCAGUACUACAAGAAAGGAAUCAUCCGGAAGCCCGACAUCUCCCAGCGCCUCGUCUACCAGUUCGUCCACCCGGUGUGAGCGGCGGCGGGACCGGCUGAGCGCCGGGAGGGACGGGGGACCUUCACUGCCUCCCUCUGCCAGCAGCAAGGACCUCGGCUGAGGUGCGGGGCUUCCCCUGCCAGGACCUGCUGGAAACGGACGCAGGGACCCCCUCACCUCCAGCAGGCCCUGGUGCGGGGCAAGGACCGUGCAGAGCCCUUGUCUCCCAUGGGAAGGGUGAGCACUGUGGCUGGACUGUCCCCCCCUCCUCUCCUCCCUCCCGAGUUCUGGCUGUAGGUGGCUUUACCUCAGCCAUUGUUCAGGGAGGAAAAAGCCUGGGGCAUGAGCUGAGACAAAAGCACCACAGGGACAUCCACGGCUGCUCAUGGUGGGGUCCUGUCUCAAUCCCUGUGGGAGCAGCCUGGCACCAACCAAGGGUGCUGGCAGCAAUGGGAGCUGUGCCUCUGGGGACCUUGGGCACCCCCUUGAGACAGGAGCAUCCCCCCUUUGCUUUUCACUCCAGCACAUGCUCAGCUUCUCCCCUUCACUGGGAUUUGGGACUGCAAACGGGAGUUCUGCAAGGGGAGCAGCUGUAAAUGUGGGUGUGGGGCUGUGCACAGUGUGGGUCCCCCAUCCUUGUGCAUGGGGCCACCAGCAUCCUCCUAAGAGCCCAGGUUCUGUGCCCUGGCACAAAGCUCGUCCCUUGAUUUGGAUUUUACUUGGACUGCCUGAUUCCAGAGUUUGGGGAAAUGGAGAUGGCAGCUUUGCCAUUUCCCUCUGGACAAUAACACCAGAGUGUGAUCCACCAAGGCUGAACUAGGGCAGAGAACUGGGAAUUGCUUCACCUGCUUAUUGCACCAGAGUCAGAGUUACCUGGCAAUGUUGAUCUUUUAUAUUAUAGGUUUUUUUAUUUGUUUAUUUGCUUUUGGGUUUCGGCUGGUGAUGAGUUGUGCAAAUGCCAAGGGGUGGCCUGGACUUCCAGAGAUGUUCUGUGGCAGCGUAAAAGGAAAAA